UUGGAAAUGGCGUAGUAUGGCCGAGCUCGUUAAUCCGGAAAUGAUGUCAAAGUGCUCUUUUUCGCCAUAUAUGAGAGUAUGACUCAGUAGACGUCUUUGGUUGCGCAGUAUGUUUUAUCUAUUGUGAAAUCAACACCUUGCUCAGACAACAAUUUUCCCGGUCAAAACAUUAGCUCGUUAAUUGCAGCAAACAAGUAUUUUGAUAUAUUCAUGCUACAUUCUUUACACAAUUUAUCAUUUUCCACUAUCUUUGAAGAAAAUGUCUCUGAAAACCAUUAUGGAACGCCUUAUGGCAAAUUUACGCCUGUUGAUGAUUCUUGUUGGUGUAGCGGUUGGUUUUCUUGUGGGAAUAUUGGUAAACGACGCCGUGCAGCACUCGGACGAUCCUACACCGAAGGAAUUAACAAUGUAUAUAUCGUUUCCCGGCGAAAUAUUUCUUCGCAUGUUAUCGAUGAUAAUUUUACCUCUGAUAACGUCCAGUGUCAUAGUCGCUGUGGCCGUCUUAGACAGCAAGUUAAUCGGAAAAUUAGGAAUACGGGCUUUUAUUUACUACAUUUCUACAACACUCCUCGCUGUGAUCGUAGGUAUCAUUUUGGUUUCAUCCAUCAAACCUGGCGUAUCAGAUUUUGACGGAAAAUCUAAAGAGCAAGUGCAUGCUGAAGCUGUUCAUUCUAUGCUUGAUUUAAUAAGAAACGGUUUUCCGGAUAAUAUUGUUGCUGCAACAUUUCAAUCAACAUCCACAAAGUUCAAACAGAAAUCUCGAGGGUUCAAAUUCACGAAUAUAUCAUCAAAUGAUUUCAAAAACUCUGCAAGAAAUCUAAGCAAAUUAUUAAAAGAUCGAUUCAUCAACCCGUGGAGCGUCUUGGACAAGCAAAAUGUUUUUCAAGUCAUCGAAGAGUCGGGUUCAUAUUACGAAUAUGAUGGUCUUAAAAAGAACAGUCGAUUUAAUUUAAUUGGAAUUUUGGUAUUUUCUGUGGCAUUUGGCGUCGUCCUUAGUAAGAUGGGCGAGCAAGGAAGACUAAUGACGCAAUGGUUCACUAUUUUGCUAGAAGUGACAAUGAAAAUGGUGAACAUUGUUAUAUGGUUUUCUCCUAUUGGAGUUUGCAGUCUCAUAGCAGGAAAACUGGCAGGAAUGGAGAACAUAAAAGAUAAUCUUGAAGGUCUUGGAAUGUACAUAUUGACUGUUAUGGUUGGACUAUUCAUUCAUGCUUUUAUUACAUUACCCAUAAUAUACAUUGUCAUUUUAAGAAAAAAUCCAAUUCCUAUGUUUUUUGGAAUGUCAAGUGCCUUGCUUACGGCGUUUGGAACAUCUUCAAGCGCUGCAACAAUGCCAGUCACGAUAAAAUACCUCGAAGAAAACAUUAAAAUUGAUUCGCGGAUUGUACGAUUUGUUAUCCCAGUUGGGACAACUGUCAACAUGGAUGGAUGCGCUCUGUAUGACGCUGUUACGCCUAUAUUUCUUGCUCAACGCCAUUUUGGUCGUUCUGUUGACUUGGGAAGACCUUUCUUGUGUGUAUAACUGCAACACUUGGAUCGCUUGGCACAGCUGGAAUACCAUAUGCACGUUUGGUUACAAUGAUCGUCAUACUGCAAACUUUUGGUCUCCCUAGUGAUGAUAUUGCUUUGAUCGUGGCCAUUGAUUGGUUUCUAGACCGUUUUCGUACUGCAGUGAAUGUUUUGAGUGAUUGCGUGGGAACGUCUGUUGUAGAAUAUUUAUCAAGUGAAGAUCUCAAAGCUAUGGAUCGCGGUGAAAUUGAUCCUCCUUGCAUUGAUGAAACAAACCGGGUGUCACCACAAGAUGAUGCUAAAGAUGCACAUUCAUGCAUGUACUGACCGUAUAUCACGGGUUUGAAACUUUUUUGUAAAUGCAACAUUGUCAUGCAGGUUAUGAAAUAUAUAUCCUCGUUAUGUAUACCAUAAUUUUUUCGAUAAAAUUUAGCAUGUUUUUUAUGGUAUGCAAAUUAUUAAAGGAAAUAUUGUGUUUA